AUGGCGACUGGAGCGGGCUGGCAGCCUCCGUACACCUCCUCCUCCUCCUCCUCCUCCUCCUCCUCCUCUGGGUCUAAAUUCAUGCCUUCUCCAACAUCCAACAUGUUUUAUGACGGAAGUGUGACCCUGGAGUACAGCCAAGACCUGCACCUGAAGAUGAGCAAGAAGAUAGCCCAGCUCACCAAGGUGAUUUACGCUCUCAACACCAAGAACGACGAACACGAGGAGGAAAUAGAGUCCCUGAAAGAAGCGCAUGAAGAUGAGGUCCAACACAUCGUCACUGAAACCAGAGACAAAAUCCUUCAGUAUAAAAGUAAGAUGGCGGACGAGGCGGACCUGCGUCGUCGUCUGGCCAGUCUGGAGGAGUCUGUGGAGCUGCACGAACACAUGAAGAGACAGGCUCUGGCAGAGUUUGAAAUGUACAGACAGAGGAUGGAGGACACACAGCUGUGUACAGAGGCUCAGCACACACAGAGGGUGGUGUCAAUGAGCAGAGAGGUGGAGGAGAUGCGUCGGGAUUUUGAGGAGAAGCUUCGGGCGUUCAGCCAGGCUCAGGCCCAGUUUGAGGCGGAAAAACGGCGAGCGCUGGAGGAGCUGAGGGCCACCCACCGCCAGGAGGUGGAGGAACUGCUGAAGAACCAGCAGAACCAGAGCGCCACCUCCACCGAAGACCAGGAGAAACUGGCCGAGCUCCAUAGACAAGAGGUGGAGGCUCUGAUGGAGCGGGUGGAGGAGCUGACCAAGGAUAAGGUUCGUCUGGUGGAGGAGUACGAGGCCAAACUGGCCAAAGCUCAGGAGUACUAUGAACGAGAACUGGAGGCCAUGAGGAGAACGCAUCAGCUGACCACUGAGAACCUACUGGCAUGGAAGAGGACCGAGGUGGAGCUGCGUAAAGAGUUCCAGGCCCAGGAGGCGGCGCUGCAGCGUUCCCUGUCCAAACUGAGGAGUGAACUGCAGAAAGCCCAGGAGGAGGCACGAGAGAACCGAGACAAGACCAACAGACUGCAGACCAACCUGGCAAACGCAGAAGGGACUAUCAAGAAUCUACACAAACAGCUGGAAGAGGCCAUUCAGGACGGAGAGAUCUGGGUGAUGCAACUGAAAGACACCGAAUACGAACUGGAAGGAAGUAGAGAACGAGUGCAGCAACAGGCAACGGAGAUCCUGCACAAAGCAGGUCAGAUCGGGUCCUUGCAGGCCACCCAGAUGGCACAUGAGGCCACCAUCCGGAACCUGGACCAGGAGCAGAACCGGCUGAAGGAGAAGAUCGGCCGACUGGAGGAGGAGAGGGAGGUCCUGCUGAACCAGAGCCAGACCGCCAACGAACAGCACAAGCAGCAGGUCCUCAAACUGGAACAGAGUCUUCGUGAAGAACACCAGGGUUAUGAGAAGGAGCUGUCCAGGAUCAGAGGACACUAUGAGGAGGAGAAGCAGAGGUUCAGACAGGAGCAGGUCCAAGCCCUGGAGGAGCUGGAGGAGAAACACCGAAGACUGAGAGAGGAGGCGCAGCAGGAGAAGGAGGAGGAGAAGACACUGCUGAUGAAUAAACUGAGUCAGGAGUUUGAGAUCAAGCGUCUGUCAUUGGAGGAGCAGAGGGACCGCCUCCAACAGCAGCUGGACAACCUGAAGGAGGAGCUGUCAGCCAAACUCAACAUGGCCAAUCAGGAGGUGUCCCACCUCCAGGAGCUGGUGAGGGAGGGGGAGCAGAACCUGAGCUCGGCCCAGACCCAGAUCAGCUGUCUGAGGGAGACGCAGGAGAAGCUGAGGGUGGAACUGGACGCAACCAGAGCCCGAGUCCGAGAGACCAGCAACCUGCUGACAGACCUGCAGGAGGAGAUUGAGACGCAGAAGCAGCAGCAUGAGGCCAGGGUGAUGUCCAUCCGAACAGAGGAGAAGCAGAAGAUGGACAAGAUGGCCGACGACCUGGACCAGAAAUGGAGAGACGCACUGCGUGAGGAGGUGCGUCUGCUGAGGGAGGAGCUAACGGAGGAGUACGACGCCGACAAACAGGCGGUGCUAACUCAGCUGUCGCAGCAGAAGGAGCUGGAGAUGAUGGCGGCCAGGGAGGGGUGGCAGAGGAAGGUGGAGGACCUGCUGGAACAGAUCUCGUUACUGAAACAGUCCCUGGAGCUCCAGUUGUCCCAGUCCCAGUCGGCUCUGCAGCAGCUGCAGUCCCAGUUCAACCAGGAGAGGGAGCUGCUGAGCCAGCAACUGAAGGAGAUGCAGAGGGAACAUCAGAGGAGAGAACAUCGCCUACAGGAAGCACACUGCUGCGCCCUGAGCACCAUGGAGGAGGCCCGGCAGCACCAGAUACGGGCCUUAGAGGAGCGUCUGAAGCAGGAGCAGAGGGAGGAGGUGCACGCCCUGAAGGAGGCGCACAGGAGGACACUGGACAUCCUGAGGCAGCAGUCAGACCAGGAGCUGCAGACGCUGAGGUUCGAACUGGAGGACGAGGGCAAGGCCAAACUGGCCUCCCUUCGUGCAGAGUUGAACCACCUCCACGCCACAGCCAUCGAGCACCUGAAGCAGAUCCACAUUAAAGACAAGACCAUGGCCAAACGGGACCUGGAGAACGCCAUGGAGCACAGCCACCAGCAGGAACAAGAUCUCCUGGUCCGCAUCUCAGACCUGCAGUCGGAGGUGUGUUCCCGUAGCAACCGCAUCACCGACCUGGACCACGAGAUCCACUCCCUGAACGAGACCAUCGACACUCUGACCAGGGAGCUGGAGAUCAAGGGCAAAGAGGUGCUGAGGGUCCGCAGUGAAGCUAACCACCAGAUCAGGGCUCAUGAGCAAGACCUCACCAAGAGACACGAGAGGGAGAUGGGAGAGUUGAAUGCCGCCCAUCACAGAGAAACCCAGAUCAUGUUGGCAGACUUUAACAAAGCCCAGGAGGUCCUGAAGGACAAGAUCUCAGCCCUGCAGAUCCUGCUGGAGGGAACGGAGGAGAAACUGAGGAACAGAGAGAGUCGACCUGAAGACCUGCACGUCAUCGCAGAACUGAGAGAGAUGGUGACGGAACGAGAAGCACUGGUCAAAAAACUGGUGGAUGAUAAGAAGUUCUACCAGCUGGAGUUGGUCAACAGAGAAACGGGCUUCAGUAAGGUGUUCAACUCCAGCGCUAACGUGGGCGUCAUUAACCCACUCAUUAAGCCUUCCUGAAGUCGACGCUGUGAAACCGUCCGACACAGGAAAAAAACACAAAGAACACACCAACGAAGAAGAA